CCCAUUGAUUUCAUGGCUAGACUCGAAGUCCAUGUACGAAAAGAAUACGAAAAUGUCGAUAUUUAUGCAUUUUUAUUUGUUAAGGGUAAUUUUUCAUAUUCCUAAGGGGUUUGAGUCAAUGGGAUGUUUCAUGGGGGUUGGAAAUGGUGUUAAAAUAGUACCCUAUUAAUUUCAUGGCUAGACUUGAAGUCCAAGUUAGAAAAAAAAUAACAAUAUCUGAAUAUUUAAGCAUUUUUAGUUGUUAUGGGUAGUUUUUCAUAUUUCUACAGGGUUUGAGUCAAUGGGAUUUUGCAUGAGGGUUGGAAAUGAUGCUAAAAUAGUAUGUACUCUGUCAAUUUCAUGGCUAGGCUCGAAGUUCAAAUAAAAAACAGCAAAUAUUGAAAAUACAAAUAUUGUGCUUUAGUUCAAAUUUUCUGGGUUUUUAAACAAUAUACAUAUGCAAGACAGGUCUAAUAUUAACCGAGAUAUUAACAAAUAUUAUUCAUUCUCAAAUAAAUAUCCAGAUAUUUUUAAUAUAUAAGCGAGUGACUGAAAACACAAAAAGCAAAAAACAAGCCAACCUACAAAAAUGUUGAAAAUACCAGUAGUUUUUCUCAUGGUCACUUUUUGCCUAACUCAGGCAAUAGAUGCCUCAAAUAUAAUCUCCAAAGAUGAAUUAUUGGAUAAAAAUAUCGACGUCCAAGACAAAUUAGAUGUUGAUUUAUUGCUUCACAAAAGCCCUACUGCUAAAGUCGAAGAAGUAUUGGAUUCCUUCAACAAUGGCCUAAAACAUGAACUUCUAAAAAUCAAUGGCAACUUCGUCGAGAUCAAUGCUAAUGUCCUAAGGGAAGUUUUCACUGAAAACAUCAAGAAGCUUUAUAAAACCGUAUAUCAUGAGGAUGUUUUGUUGCAAAAUAUGAAGAAAAAAAUCGACUUGAAUAAAGUUGAAAGUAAAAUUUCAGCUUCCGAAUUCAGAAAUAGUGGCCUACAAAGAAGUUAUUGCCAAGAUGUUAAAAAUGAUGCCCAAGCACUUUUGGUUGAUUUUUGGCAGGAAUGUUACAAUAUCAUAAACGAUCCUAGCAGAUUCAAAGUUACUAAUAGAUUCGAUUUUUUUGUAGAAAUUAUGAAAAUUAGCUUACAAAUCAUUAUACAAUCAGUAGGAGUAUUUGACGGACACGGAGGUGGAGCUUGCGCACAAGUAAUAGCCAAACGACUUUUUCAGUACCUGACUGUUCAUCUUUUACCUUUCGAAAGUUUGCAACAAUAUUUGGCCAAUCCAACAGAUUUACUGGAAAGGUACAACGAUAAAGUGCAAUUUGUCGAUGACGUCAAGGGUAUUUACGACGACAGUUUUUCCAAAUUUGUUAAGGAACUUGCACAGGAAGGCUACAACGAAAACUUCGACAUGACCAAAGCGAUAGAAAAAUCUUUUUUAAAACUCGACCAAGAUAUAAGUGACGAAGCCAUGCCCGUAGACCAAAAAUUCAACGUGAAAACCCUAUCUGUAGCAAUGAGCGGAGCUGUCACGUCAGUAGCUCACAUCGAUGGACCUCAUCUUCACGUGGCCAACGUAGGCGAUUGUUGUGCAGUUUUAGGAUCUUUGUCGGACACAAAUUCUUGGGUAGCUAAAAAAUUGACAGAAGAACACAACACUUAUAACCAAUCGGAAGUGGAUCGGAUUUAUUCGGAACAUCCUGCCCAAGAAAAAUCCACCGUGAUUAAAAUGGAUAGGCUGCUAGGGCAGUUGGCACCCUUAAGGGCUAUGGGGGAUUUUAGAUUUAAAUGGAGCAAAGAAUUAAUGGAAGAAUUGGUAACAAAAUUUGGAGACCAAAUGAUACCACCCCAUUACCAUACGCCGCCCUAUUUAACUUGCAAACCUGACAUCACGUAUCAUAAGUUAACACCUAGAGAUAAGUUUCUUAUUAUUGCUACUGAUGGAUUGUGGGACUGUCUUACACCAUUGCAAGCAACUAGGUUGGUAGGCGAACAUAUGAAAGGCAAAGUAACCCUAAACCCCUUAAAACUACCCCGCAAAAAUAUGACGCUCAAAGAAAUCGACGACAUGCUAUUACAGCGCAAAGAAGGCUUAAAGAUCAAACCGAAAGAUUCUAAUGCGGCGACGCACAUAAUCAGAAACGCUUUGGGAGGUACUGAAUAUGGUAUUGACCAUUCGAAAAUUUCCCAAUUGCUCACCUUACCUGAUGACGUUGUUAGAGUUUUUAGGGACGAUAUAACUGUUACUAUAAUAUAUUUCGAUACGGAAUUUUUGAGGCAUUGUCCAGCGUAA